AUGCCAGAGUGGGAGCCGAUUCUGCCUAUCGGCUGGGACCAUAACCACAGAGCCUUCAUGCAGGCGUUGAUGGGUCGCGGCUUUAUAACAAUCGGCGAAGGCAAGUCGAUCAUUGCCGCGAUUCUGUCCGCAGAAAACGACUCGGCUCGCAGGGUGACUCCUGAUUCGAUCGACGACAACACGUUCAGACAGUAUGUCAGCAAAGCACGCGAAGCGGUGGCGUCGCUAGACUACGACAUACGCAACACCUACCAUCAAGUCGACCGAGAGCAAGUAUGGGCGCUCAUCAAUGUGCACAGCGACCCGAGCACUCAGCUGGCGACUUCGCGGACCCCCGACGAGAUCUCCUUCAUUAAGAGAGUGCUCGAUGCCAUGUUCGAGACCUACAACACGCCCAGGCAGGAGGUCAUGGCCAUCACGGCGGCUCAAGCGAGGAAAGUCGCUCGGCCAUCUGCACCAGCUCAGGACGGCGAUGCCGACGGAGAGGAGCCUGCGCAACGGACUGCAGAUAGGGCACUGAAACACAGCGAGAUCGAGAGAUUACUACCUAGUCUGGUCGCCGAGGGAUGGUUUGAGGAGAGUGAUGAGGGUUUUUACAGCUUGAGCCCGCGCUCACUCAUGGAGCUAAAGACGUGGUUGGUGGCAGCCUACAAUGACCCUGACGCCAGGUCCAACGACUGGCAGCGCAUCAAAUUCUGUGAGGCAUGCAAGGAGAUUGUGACAGUCGGGCAGAGAUGCCCUGAGCGAGAGUGCAGCGCACGGAUUCAUGACAUCUGCUCAGAGGCUUACUGGCGCACGCGGAGAGGCGGACGGACGUGUCCUAGGUGCGAAACGGCGUGGACAGGACAAAACUACGUUGGUGAGAAGGCCGUCACAGAAACAGCUGCAGCGCAUCGCCGCGUCGGUCGAAAAAGAAGGAGCGAUGCAGAUGGAUCGAUGGUGGCUGAAGAGGCCGAUGAAGAGGUCGAGGAGGACGGUGACAACGGCGAGGAGGGAUAG